AUGAGAGCCACCCAAUUCGUUUUGAACGCAGCAAAGAAGAAGUCUGGUCUUGGUAUCCCAGUUGAACUUACGCCUUUGUUCGUAGCCAUGGGUGUCGCUUUGAGUUCCGGUGUCUGGUUCACAUACAAGAAGUUUGCCUACGACGAGAGUUUGAGAAUCACCAAAAACCCAGACAGAUCUCAGUUGCAAGAGGUUUUGGAGAAGGCCAAUGGAAAGACUGAAUAA